UCUUGCCCCUGUGCAUCUUUGGUGCGAAGAACAGUGAAAAGCACGACCUUUGCAGGAGAGAUUCGCGAAGGACGUCGUCUCAGUCACCGGCUGCCAGAGAUUCCCGACUUUCGUCGCUGUCGGGGGCCCCUCCAAUUCGCUGGACUCCAUCACGGUUGGGGUUUAAAAAGCCCAGGAAGUUGUUGUUUUGGAGAGGCAUCGACAGCUCAGAGUAUGGCUCCUAAAGGCGAAAAUAUCAUCAUCGACUGGAGUGAUGAAAUGGAGUUCGCUUUCAUAAACAUAAUGCUCGAGAAGCUGAGAAGAUCACACAGUACAACAUGGAAGAAAACUACUUGGAAAGAGAUUACAGCUGAGAUGGUAAAUCUAUUUCCAGAACAACAGCUGUGUUUGCAGAAGGUAAAGGACAAGCAUCAGAGAAUGAAGACCAAUUUCACCCGAUUCUCUGAAAUAGUUAGGCAUACAGGCGUUGGAUGGGAUGCAGAGACAAACACCAUCACAGCCGACCAAGAUGUUUGGGAUAUGUUUGCAAAGAAGAACAGGGCAUACAAGGCAUUUCGGAGCAAGGGCUGCAACCACUACGAUUUGCAGAAGCAACUCUUUAGUUCUUCAGUGGCUACCGGUGCUCUGCGCAUCUCCUCGACCGAUCCACCUCCAACGUUAGAAGAAGAACGCCGAUUAAAUGAGGAUUUCUUAUCUAGGGGGAAGGGGAAGGGGAAACAACAAGUCGACCUCGAAGAAGGCUCCGAUGACAGUGACGACCUCGUCCAUAUUCAGGCAGAGCCCAUGAUAACCGAGUCUCGACGUAGAGCGCCGAAAAAACGUCUAAGCAAGAGUUCACAAAUGCAGGAAUGCAUGGACCUGUUCAGGGAGAGUUACACGAAGCCGCAGCCGCAGAACACCCCACCGUCGGCAAAGAGAAGCAAGUCGGUAACGAGCCCUGAGAAACCUGAGAAGAAUAGCAUCGAGGAAGCCCUGGAGGAGUUGGCAAAAUUGAAAUCGAGAAUCCCUCACUCCCUGUAUGUGAAAGCCGCCAACGCCCUCCUUGAUCCGGGAGCACGGAGGCUUUUCAUGUGGUUCAAGGAAGACGACCGACAGGAAUGGAUAAUGCAGCUUCCUCAUUCUUGAAGAAUCUGUGAACCCAUUUUAAUUUUUAUUUGGCUAUCUGACUAUGGUUUUUUUUUA